UGCAUUCCCAGCUGUCUUGAUGCGUUAUCGCUAACCGGUUAGCUGUCUGAGCUACAACAUAGCCUCACACCGCUGUGAAAACUAACAACAAGAUUUGCCCGGGGCGUUACAGUGCGUCGGUUGUAAAUCGUAAUGCCGGUUCACUCCCGGGAAAAGAAAGAAAGCAACCACGAGGAAAUGGAGGUGGAUUUUCCGGAGCAAGACGGAAGCAGCACAGACGAGGAGGACACGGUUAGCACGUCCGUGUCUGAAGAUGGAGACAGCUCGGAGAUGGAUGAUGAAGACUGUGAGAGGAGGAGGAUGGAGUGCCUGGACGAGAUGACCACUCUGGAGAAACAGUUCACAGACUUGAAGGAGCAAUUGUAUAAGGAACGUCUGAGCCAGGUGGAUGUCAAGCUGCAGGAAGUGAUUGCUGGAUGUGCCCAGGAAUAUCUGGAACCUUUAGCCAACCUGCAGGAGAACAUGCAGAUCAGAACCAAAGUGGCAGGCAUCUAUAAAGAGUUGUGUUUGGAGUCGGUGAAGAACAAGUAUGACUGCGAGAUCCAGGCAGCCUGCCAGCAUUGGGAGAGUGAGAAGCUGCUGCUGUUUGACACCGUGCAGAGCGAGCUGGAGGAGAAGAUAAGACGACUGGAGGAAGAUAGACACAGUAUCGACAUAACUUCAGAGUUGUGGAAUGAUGGGUUGCAUUCCCGGAAAAAUAAGAAGAAAGACCCGUUCUGCCCCAUCAAGAAGAAGAAGCCUGUCGUUGUUUCUGGGCCUUAUAUUGUUUACAUGCUGCAAGAUCUGGAUAUUCUAGAAGACUGGACUGCAAUAAGAAAGGCGAUGGCGUCUCUCGGGCCGCAUAGAGGGAAGGCUGAUGCGAAAACAGAACGACACCACCAUGUUGCACGGUCUGAAGAUGGACGGCUUUUCUAUGACAGCCAGUGGUACUGCAGGGGCCAGACCAUCUGUAUCAACAGGAAAGAUGAGUUUCCCACCAGUGCCAUCAUCACCACCAUCAACAAUGAUGAGGUGUGGUUCAAACGACUGGACGGCACCAAGUCCAAGCUGUACAUCUCCCAGCUGCAGAAAGGCAAAUACACCAUCAAACACUCGUGAAAACACAAGAACAGAAAACCGUCCAGAGAUUUCAACACGCGUCCUUUUAUGUUGUUGCAUACGUCCUUAAAAUACGUUACACCUCACGUCACUCCCUCUGUUUUUUUUUUGGGGUCCUUAAUGAGACAUCUCAAUAUCCAUGAUCUAUGUAAAUGUGUGCCUAUGUUGAUAUAAAAGGACAAUGUCUAACCCUUCUCUAAAAAAAAAAAAAAAAAGGGGGAUCAAUGCAAAGCACUGUUAAAAACAAAGGCAGGUAAAGAGCAGUGGUCUUUGACUGUGACCCAUGGAGCUCAAUCGUGUGCCUUUCUGAGACGAGACAAAGCAUUGGCUGAAAAACAACAUCCAUAACUACACAGCAGGCCAUACUGUGGAAUGUGGUAGCAUUCUGAAAGGACUGGAAGUGGGUCAAAAGGGGUCAGUUCGUGAUCCUGCUACCAGCAUGGAUGGCUAUUCCACACAAGCCUGUUCAACCUAUAUGAAGAUCCCUGCUUUGAGUUCAUGUUGAGUAUGUGACAAAAGUUGCACAGGUUGAAUGCAGUAUGAUGAACCUAAACAUUAUGCAACAAGAUGUUUUGUUUUUGGGGAAACACAGUUGGAAAUGUUUUUAGGUUAUGAUUUUGUUUUGUUGUCUUUGUAGCACUGAAUUAUGGCACUGAGCAUAGCAAGCGGUAAAAGUCGUUUUUCAGGGCGUUCCCUGUAUUUGGAAGACUGUGUUUUGGGUUUACGUCACUGUGAUGCUCCAUUCAUGUGCCUGAUGGUGACCAGGGUUGAAAUUUUGAGGCUCUAUCCAGGCUUUAACUGGUCAGGCUGCAUUGAUUAAACCAUUUAUUUAACACACACACACAGGCACACACAUUUGCAUACAUAUAUAAAAUCUAAAAAAAGACACUACAAAAAGAUACUAUUUUAGAAUUGCAUACUACUUGCCAUAGUGCAAUGCAUGUUGCAGCUGAUUAAAGAUUUUGCUGCUAUCAUUUAAA